AAUUUCACUUUCAUUGUUUACUUCCGAUAUGCAGAACGCACGUUGAAUUUUUCUAAGUUUAAACGUCAGUUGUGAUUUUGUGAUGGGAACAGAAACCUUUAUGUUAAAAUGAGUAAAUGUCCCAUUUCAUGGAAUGUUCCUGUUGAUGCUGGACACAACUUUUUCUUCACUCAAGAAACCUUCAACAAAUAUUCUAAGCCAGAAACAUAUGAAGAAAAGAUAAGAAACAGAUAUGAGUUAUUCCCGCCAAAAGAUUGUCAUCUUGGUGUGAAUGCUAAGUCUAAAAGAUCAAAGAAAAAAGGGAAUGAGAAAAAAACUAAAAGUUGGGAUAAAGAAGAUAAAGAAUCAGUGUAUAAAGUUCAAUCUCUGAGUGAUGCAAGUGAAGAGGAAGAGGAACUCAUAUUUGAUGUCGAAGAAGAUUUUGAAGAAUUUGGUGUUGUAAAGAAAGUUACUCCAAAACAGAACAAACAAAAGGCUAAAGCAAAAGCAAAAAACCAGAAGGUCAAAGACAAUGUUUUAUCUGACACUGAAAAGAAGAAAGCUUUGCAGAAAAAUGACUUUCAGCAUACUAGUCCAAAAGAAUCUGAAACUCACCAGAUACAUACAGAUAAUACAGUGUUACAAAAUACAGAGCCCCAUAUUGAAGAUUUGGAAGAGUUUGGUGCAGACAAGUCUGAUAAUACAGGAAAGAAGGAACCCUCAGAACACACUGUGGACAUCAAUGAAAUAGAGGAAUUCGGAAUUCCUAAAACUAUAUCAAAUCAAAAUGAUAUUUUAGAAGGUUCUAAGACAGGAAACCAUCAACAGAAUGAGAGUAAUAAGGAGCAACAGAAAAGAACAGAAGAAUUUCCAUGGGACAUUAAAUCCAGAGAUAGGAAGAGUGACAAGGCAGAGUCACAGAUAUUUAGAUAUCAGAACAAGAAAUCUAAUCUCAACAGUAGAGAACAGAGCCGAUAUCUAAACUUACAUCACAAAUAUAUUACAUUCACUCCUAAAAAUCCAUCCGAGAAAGAAAAACAGGAGAUGAAAGAAUUUACGACUCUGCACGAAAGGGUUAUAGAAGAACAAAAGGAAUACCAACUAUAUCUAGAAAAACUAGCCCAUACCGCAAAAUCAGAUUAUAAUUAUUUGGCACCUGAAGCUGAUCGAUAUUUCAAGGAAAGAUUGGCCAUGAAGAAAAAGAGAGUACAGUUGUAUCCACAGUACUACAAUGUCAUUGACAAAUUAAAUCUGGUAACAGCUGGACCUUCAUGUCAGUUAAUGUUUGUUAUGUCAUUGUUAGAACUGGGAACAGUACCAAAGCUUGUUGUACCAAACAUGAAUGUAGGAGAAAGACCAAAGAUACCACUAGACUAUGAUUCUAUAGCCAAACAUUGUCCAUGUGAUCACAAUAUAAAACCUUCCAAUGUUUGGAGCAAUGAGCCUUGUAGCAAGGAUCAGAAUUGUGAUGUGUUAUCUCAGAGGUCCAAAGUUCACAUCACCAUAUCAGCAAGUGCUAUUGCCUGUAUUGUAAAUAACCAUGCUCCAAACUACAACAGGGAGUGGGAGAUACCAUUUACUGUAAAGGAUUACCAGCUUCAAGAUGGAGAUAAGAAGUUUAUGCAUCGUGUUGUGUACAUUGAUAAUCCACUUCCUGCUAAGGAGCUCACAGGGCGAGACAAAAAUACAAUGUUCUAUAAAUAUGCUUUGCGUUCUCAUAUGGGGAGACUUAAUCAAACAGGUCACAUCUUUACAAUGAAUCAGAAAAUAGAAUUAGAUUCUGCAAGUCCAGAAUCUUUGAAGUUACCAAGGAAACAGUCUUCUGUAGAACAGUUACACAAUUCAGAACUGACAGCUCAUGACACUGAAAAUGUAACAUCUCUGUUGUCACCCAUCAAAUCACCUACAAAUGAACAGAAGAAGAAAAUUAGCAAAGUGAAAAGAGGGGAAACGGUCAAAGAUCAUGACGAAGUUGUGGGAGAAAAUCCAUUUGGAACACUGGAAGUUUCCAUGGAAGAUUUAGAAACAUUUGGGAUGGAUAUGUCAGCAAACAAAACAUUCAAGAAAUUGGGAGCAAAAAAGAAUGACACUAGUGCAAAACAAAAUUCACCAGAAAUCUGUUCAACUUCCGAAAAGAAUCUUUCAGCUAAAGAUGGUUUCCAAGUUGGUAAAGGUAUUAAAGGACAUGAAGCAGAGCACAGUGGUACAUUGAUAUCAAAUGACUUUGAUAUUAGUAAGGGAACAGAGUCUGAGGACAGUGGUACAUUGAAAUCAAAUAACUUUGAUAUUAGUAAGGGAACAGAGUCUGAGGACAGUGGUACAUUGAAAUCAAAUGACUUUGAUAAGAGUAAGGGAACAGAGUCUGAGGACAGUGGUACAUUGAUAUCAAAUGACUUUGAUAAGAGUAAGGGAACAGAGUCUGAGGACAGUGGUACAUUGAAAUCAAAUGACUUUGAUAAGAGUAAGGGAACAGAAUCCGAGGAUUCAGUGCAAGAAACUUCUUUAUCUUCAGAUUUGGAUUGUAAAACUGUUAAUCAGGAUAAGAGUGAGAAAGAAAAAGGAAAAUUGUCAGAAAAUGUUCAAUCUCCUAAAACGAUAGGAAAUGAUGAAGGAGUUGACUUAACUGAUACAUUGAUAACUGAUGUCAUGUGUGACUCAAAUGUUGAAAACUCAAUUUCUAAUUCUGUUGAAGUGGCAGAUAGUCACAAAAUUGAUGAAACUUUAGUCAACGCUUCUAAAUCAACAUCUAAAAGUAAAAAAUCUGAUGAUAGUGUUAGAAAAGAGUUGAAAGUAGAUAUCUCCUCACAACCUUGUGACUUACAAAUGAGUUCUGCUAGUGAUGAUGAAUCAGAUGCUCUUGUCAUUGAUGAACCUGAAAAUGAGUACAUUGAAACAGUUGCUAUGGAAGCACCAGCUAGUCCUGUCCCAGAAACACCUCAUAGUCCUGUUCCAGAAAAGCCUCUUAGUCCUGUAUUAUUUGGAAGCUCAUUUGGUAGUGCUUUCAGUCCACCUACUAGUCCCAGUAAGAGAUUGAAUAGAACAAUUGACAUGAAUGAUAUAACUCCAAAAUGCGGAGUUAUGUCCCCUCAUAGGACAGACAGAAAUUCACCUACCAGUCCAGAUCAUAACACAUUUAGUUCUCCUGAAAGUAAGCCAUGUAAAAUAAUACCCCUGCAGAGGGAUAGUGAGGAAGAAUUUGUAACUGAUAAUUCUUCUGUUUUUCCUCAUCCAAUUAAUUUGUUCUAUCCAAUAGCCAACCUAUAUGAAGUAGGAUUAAGAAAGAAAGUUGAAGAUUUAUCUGACUCUGAAGGGAAUACUGAAAGUAAACCAUCAAUGAAUAUAUCAUCGGCAGAUUUCUUGAAUGAAUAUAAUACUUCUGAGGAUAGCUUGAUCAAGGUUCCAAACUCUGAUUCAGCUGAUAUUAAUUCAGAUGACACAACUGUAUUAAAAUCAGAUCUCCACACUUCUUGUAUAACUGAUGAGGUACAUGACAUUAUAGAUAAAUCAGAACCAGAUAGUCUGUGUACAGAUGUUUUAAUUAAGUCUGUGAAAGGUGCUGAUCUAUCUGUUCAGAAUCAAGAUUCUAAUACUUCAAAUACUGCACAUGACAGUCAUGACCUUAUAGUUGGCAGUCAUAAUGUUAAAACUGUAAACAUUGAUAACAAGACUGGUAAAGAUAACCUUGAAUCUAGUGAUAAUGAAAUGUUACAAAUUAAUACUGCUCUGUCAAAAGAUGACAGUGAAUCUUCAGAUGAGAUUGUCUCCCCUAGAUCAAAAAUCUUAAGAAAGAAUAAAAAAAGAAAUAAGAAAUGUGAUGGUCAGAAAACUAAGCUACGAGCUGCAGUUAUUGAGAGUGAUUCUGAGUCAGAUGAGGAGAUUGUAUCUAUGACUGAUAAAUGUAGCACCAAUUCAAUAAGUCCCAUUACCAAUAGUGAAACAAAUGAUUUGGGUAAAAGACCUAUAAGUAGAUGUGACAGUACAGAUAAUGAAGAUGAAAAUAAACUGCUUCAACCAUCUCAAAGGAAAAGACAUAAGUCUAAUAAGAGCAUUGAUGUCAAAACAGAAGUUAUCAUGAAUGUAGAGGGGGGAAGUGAAAAUCUUGCAGAAAUGGCUUGUACUCGAAGAAAAACUAGGUCCUCUGUAGGCUUAAGGAAACUAGAGAUAGCACAAAAAACAAAAACGUUAGAAACACUACCUUCAUCACCAAAAAAAUGUAAAUCUGUUGUUGAUCUUCAGCCAUCUGAUUAUUGUGAAGAGUUUAUGCCAACUAAAAGACAAACAAGAAGAAGCAUGGACAGCCAGGACCUAGAACAAAGAUCUAGUAAACUUGCUAUAUUAGAUAGAGUCAAGAAAAAUUUAAGGUCAAAAUCUACAUCACAAGAAACUAGUACAGACAAGCAAACAGAUAAUACAGAUAAAAAUGAACCACUAAAACGGAAGAGAGGACGUCCUCAAAAAAGAAAAUCUGUCCAAGAGGACACACAAAGUACAGAUUUAUCUAAGAGCGAGAAGCAGGAUUCUGAAAUGAAAGUAGAUAAAGAGGAGACCACUAAAAUACCAAAUGAGGAAGACAUUACAAAUCUUACAGUGACAAAAUCAGCGUCAAUUCAGGAAGGCAUUACAAAUGUUACAGUAACAAAAUUAGUGACAAAUCAGGAAAACACUAAUACUAUAGAGGCAGAUAUUGUGGAUGUUAAUGAAGGCAAAGAUCAAACUACAGUAGAUGACAUCAAUAUAAAUCAGAAAAAAGACAACUUAGAAAAAGAAAAGUCAAAAGAAACAGAACCAGCCAUUGUUGAGAAAACCCAGCCACAAAAAGUGGACACCCACGUAAAGAAAUCUAGUACAUUACAGAAAACAACAGUCCAGAAAGGACAACAAAAAGGACAGCAGACAUCUGUUAAUCCUUUAGAGAAUAUUCUGCAGGCACAAGAAAAACUCUUGAUUAAUCCAAGACAUCACAGAGACCAAGCUCAACAAGAAUACUUCUCUCAGUUCAAAUUUCCUGCUAGACAUAAUGUGACUUAUCAUCUAUGGUCACUAGGGGCAUACAAUGUAAUGAUUAGGUCUGGUUACCAUGGCGUAUAUAAAGAUACACAGCAAAAGGUAUCUUUUAUCCAUGUAUCCCCUAAGAUGGAGUACCAGUCUAAUUAUGGUGUAGAACAAUUGACUGUUGGCGAGGUAUCCAAAGAUUGGGCCUCGGCUUAUGUCAGACCUAACUGUAAAAUAAUCAGAGCCAGAGUCAAUCCUUUGCAAUCAGAUAUUGUCUCUAUGAAGGAAGAAGAAUUAAGUAAAAUGUCAACAAUUUCUCAUGGUUUUAAUCCUGCCAAUGGAUUUCAGAUGUUAGCCAAUGUGUUCCAUAGACUUCAUCAAUGUUCACCUGGGCAGUACCUAUUACAUCAUACCCCUGGUUCAUCUGAAUGUCAGAUCAAAAACGCAACAGACAAUCAUAAAAGGGGUACCAGUACCUAUGAUCUUCAUAUGAGCCAUUUUGGAUUAUUGGGAGGUGAAAAAGAUAGUCAUCAAAUACCAUGGAUACCUAUUGACACUAACUUCAUACAAACAAGGUUUCACAAGAAAGGAAGAAUACCAGCUACAUUUGAACCAAAAGAUUACAAACCAGGAACUAAAAAGAAGAAGAAGAGAGGAAAACAUUGAGAUUAAUUUAUAUUUUAGUGCAUCCAAGAAAUCCAUUGUUAAAAAUACUCUUCAGAAUAUCAAUAGUGCUAUAUUGUAGACUUGUUAAAACAGUGAACCAACGCUUUGUAAAUCUUCAGAAUAUCAAUAGUGCUAUUUUGUAGACUUGUUAAAAAACAACAGUGAACCAACACCUGGUAAAUCUUCAGUAUGAUAGAAUGUGUAUAGUGUUUAUCUUGUUACACAGUCACAGGGUUGUUAUAAUAUUUGUUUGUUAUAAAGAUGUUGGAAGACAAUGUUAUUAAAACAGAGGUUUUCUAUCAUGUAAUACAGAUCUAAUAUGUGCUUGUUAUUGUUAAUAUUUUUGUUAUAUGUUUGGAAAAAUAAAUAUUCCACAUUCUGUU